AUGGACCCCGCCCCGGCAUUAGUAGAGGGGCAGGGCUUGCGAAUUGCUGUUGAAGGAUGUGGCCAUGGCACGCUGGAUGCUAUCUACGCAGCAGUGCAGAAAGCAUGCGAGGUUCGAGGUUGGGACGGGGUUGACCUCCUCAUUAUUGGGGGAGACUUUCAGGCAGUUCGAAAUGCCUCUGACUUAACCGUCAUGUCUUGCCCGGUCAAAUACCGCGAGAUUGGCGAUUUCCACAAGUACUACAGUGGAACUGCCAAAGCACCAUACCUUACAAUAUUCAUCGGAGGCAAUCAUGAAGCUAGCAGUCAUCUCUGGGAGAUUUUUUAUGGUGGCUGGGUCGCACCAAAUAUCUAUUACAUGGGGGCAGCCAAUGUUGUACGAGUCGGUGGAGUACGAAUUGCUGGCAUGUCCGGCAUCUGGAAAGGCAGAGACUACAACAAGCAUCACCACGAACGAUUACCUUACAACCAAGACGAUGUCAAAACCAUUUAUCACGUCCGGGAGAUUGACAUCCGAAAGCUCCUUCAGCUGAAAUCCCAAGUCGACAUCUGCAUCAGCCAUGACUGGCCCCGAGCGAUUGAGAAUCAUGGAGAUUCAAGAGCAUUGUUCAGAUGGAAACCCGACUUUGAACAAGAAUCGAAGGAAGGAACAUUAGGUAACCAAGCCGCAACAUAUGUCAUGGAUCGCCUUCGACCUCCAUAUUGGUUUGCAGCUCACAUGCAUUGCAAAUUUGCUGCAGCCAAGAGCUAUGAAGAUACCACAGAAGACAAUGCAGCCUCAUUACCGUCGUCAGUUGAAGCAGACCACCAUCAUCCACCAGCUAAAACAGCAGAAGAUCCGGUGAUUGCAGCAGCUGCUCACAAUGCAGACGAAAUUGAUCUUGACAUGGACGAUGAAGAAACGCUACCGCCUCCCAAGCUUGCUCCGACCAACGGUUCAGUAUCCACAUCCACUACUACAAAUCAAUAUGAAUUAGAUAUGGAUGGCGAUAAAAAGUUGCCCGAGGUGUCCGCUGCAGCUACAAUUCCAUCUUCCGUUCCUUCCGACCUUCGUGCGCAACUACCUGCUGCUUUUUCAGCACCUUCAGCACAAUCUUCCCGACAGGUACCUGGGCAACCUAAACCUCGCGAAGUCACCAACAAGACAGUGAGAUUUCUUGCAUUAGAUAAAUGUCUACCUAGCCGCAAAUUCUUACAACUCCUCGAAGUCCACCCGCAUGCGAAAACCAAUCAUGAGUUCCCGGCAUCUCAGUCAAUUCCAAGGCCAAAGCCCAAAUUCGAGUACGAUCCAGAAUGGCUUGCAAUAACCCGAGUAUUUGCUCCAAGUAUUGUUUUGGGAAACAAACAAGCCCUACCUGCAAAAGAUCUGGGCGAGGCUAACUAUCGUCCCCUGAUAGAGAAAGAGCAAGAUUGGGUCAACGAACACAUUGUCAAAACGGACAAGCUGGAGAUCCCGGAGAAUUUUGUCAUAACGGCUCCGAUAUUUCACGUCGGAAUGCCAGAAAUUGUGAACGAAGGACCUGUCGAGUACAGCAAUCCGCAAAUGCAACAGUACUGCCAGCUGGUCGGAAUUGAGAACAAGUUCUUUGCAACACAAGAAUGGAGAGACGAGAGAAUGAGUUUGGGGCCUGCCCCAGAAGAGGAGAGACGCGACGGUGGAUUUGGAAGGGGGAGAGGAAGAGGCGGUCGAGGCGGUCGAGGCGGUCGAGGAGGAGGAGGACGUGGAGGGGGUCGGGGCCAAGGCCGUGGUGGAGGACGAGGACGUGGAAGAGGAUGGUAA